AUGAGUGUCUCGCUGGCACCAGAAAUCUCUAAACGUCCUAAUUUCUUUUAUUUUUCGAUAGGUGUUGCCCCGACUUUAGAAUUUUCUGGUCAGUUCAUCUCUCUCUCUCUCUCUCUAUCUAUCUAUCUAUCUAUUUAUCUAUCUCAGUUUGUUCAUAUCUACAUUCUAUCUCAGUUUGUUCAUAUCUGUCUAUCUCAAUUUGUUCAUAUCUAUCUAUCUAUCUAUAUAUCUAUAUAUCUAUCUAUCUAUCUCAGUUUGUUCAUAUCUAUCUCAAUUAGUCCAUAUCUAUCGAUCUAUCUCAUUUGUUCAUAUCUAUCUAUCUAUCUAUCUAUCUAUCUAUCUAUCUAUCUAUCUCAGUUUUUUCAUAUCGAUGUAUCUCAGUUUGUUUAUAUCUAUCUAUCUAUCUAUCUAUCUAUCUAUCUAUCUAUCUAUCUAUCUAUUCAUUUCAGUCGAUGCUUCAAGGAGCCUGCUUCUCCCACCUUCAAUAUCUCUGGCCUGUAUUUCCUUUUUCUUUUUCUCUUCGACUUCCGAAAAGCUAAAAAUGAGCUCUCUCUCUCUCUCUCUCUCUCUCUCUCUCUCUCUCUCUUUCUUUCUCUCUUUUUCUCUCUCCCUUUUCUAUCUUUCUCUUUCUGA